AUGGCGACCUGCGAUCGGCCGUUGAUGGAUCUGGCCGGCCUGCCCGACGCGCACCUCGUGUGCCUCGUGGGCAACAUGGUGACGGAGGAGGCGCUGCCCAGUUACCAGAGCAUGGCGAACCGCUUCCAGGCCGUGCACGACCUCACCGGCUCCAGCGGCACCGCCUGGGCGCGCUGGACCCGCGGCUGGUCCGCCGAGGAGAACCGCCACGGCGACGUGCUCAACCGGUACCUCUACCUCUCCGGCCGCGUCGACAUGCGGCAGGUCGAGCGCACCAUCCACAACCUCAUCCGGUCCGGCAUGGUCCUCAACGCCGCGCGGAGCCCCUACCACGGCUUCAUCUACGUCGCUUUUCAGGAGCGCGCCACCUUCAUCUCGCACGGCAACACCGCGUGGCGCGCCAAGGAGAACGGUGAUGUGGCGCUCGCCCGCAUAUGCGGCGCCAUCGCCGCCGACGAGAAGCGGCACGAGCUGGCCUACACGCGCAUCAUGGCAAAGCUGUUCGAGAUCGACCCUGAAGGCGCGGUUCGCGCGCUGGCCUACAUGAUGCGCUGUCGGAUCGUCAUGCCGGCGUCCCUCAUGACCGACGGCCGCGACGGUGACCUCUUCGCGCACUACGGAGCUGUGGCGCACCAGGCCGGCAUUUACACGGCCUCCGACUACCGUGUCAUUCUAGAGCACCUGAUAAAGCAGUGGGGAGUGGAGGAGCUGGUGGCCGCCGGGCUCUCCGACGAGGGGAGGCGUGCACGGGACUACGUGUGCACGCUCCCACAAAAAAUCCGAAGGUUGGAGGAGAAGGCCCACGAACGUAGCCGCCACAAGGCCCAGCGCACGACAUCCAUCCCGUUUAGCUGGAUCUUUGAUAGGCCCGUCAGCAUCACCGUGGCCUAA